AUGAAAGAUCGGUUGGGAGCCUUAAAAGCGGUAAGCUUUCUUAAAACGUUAUUCAAAUUACUAUAGCUACAAAACAUACGAUAAACCAAAAAAAAAAACUACAAAAUUUUUGACCAAAUAUUAAAAAUUAACCAAACACCUUGUAGGCCCAGAACCAAGGCGAUGAAGACCACGAGGACGAUGCCAGCACGUUGGAUGCGGCUCAAGGCCAGUUCAUGGAAGAAUUCUUCGAACAGGUGGAAGAAAUCAAAGGCAGUAUCGACCUCAUCGCUUCAAAUGUCGAGGAAGUCAAGAAAAAGCAUUCCGCGAUCCUGUCAAAUCCCGUCAAUGAUCCGAGUAAGUGGAUUCAGAAGUUUAAGUGAUUGCAAUUUUAGAGACAAAAGAAGAGCUGGAUGAGCUUAUGGCAGAGAUCAAGAAAACGGCCAACAAAGUGCGGAGGAAACUAAAACGUGAGUGCUGAAUUCUGAAUUUACAUUUCCCACAAAUUCAAGAAAACUUUUUGAAAUUAAUUCAAAAAAUCAAUUUUUUAAAUCUGACAAUUCUGUAGACUCUCUUCUAGAAUUGUGGACAAUAUAUACUAACAAAAUUUCAGUGAUAGAAAACAGCAUAGAACACGAUGAAAGUGGCGGAACCUCCGGUGCAGAUCUUCGAAUCCGCAAAACGCAACACUCAACAUUAUCAAGGAAGUUCGUCGAGGUAAUGACAGACUACAACAAGACACAGACAGACUACAGAGAACGAUGUAAAGGCCGAAUCCAACGACAACUUGAUAUCGGUAAGUUUGUGAAACGUUUAAAAAUAAAUUUUCAGAAAUAUUUUCCUACAUUGAUACCAGACAGACAUAGGAAUAUACAGUGGCGGCAAGAAAAAAUGGGACACGACGGUUUUAAGUAUAACUUUCUUGAAACUAAAAGAGUAAGGCUUAAAAUUUUUGUGAUUUUACAAUAUUCUUUUCGGCAACGAAAUUGCAAAAAAAAUGUUUUUUCUUGUUGAUUCAAAAAAGUUACAGUAAUUCUACCGUACUCUGUACUUCCAAAGUAUUUGCAUAAAUUUUUUUAAAAAAAUUGAAGAUGUACGUUUUAUAGAGCAUAAAAAGUUGUACAAGACCAGAAAGUUUUAACAUUGUAUCUCCAAUGGUAAAAGAGUUACAGAUUUUUAAAAUUUAAAAAAACCUCCGAUUUUUCAAGCGGAAUCGAACUUUUUUGGUUUUUGAACAUUUUUAAAUGCCCUUAGCUCAUUAACAAAAAACAAUUGAAAGAUAAAACUUUCUGAACUUGUACAACUUUUUAUGCUCUAUAAAACGUGCAUCUUCAAUUUUUUUAAAAAAAAUUUAUGCAAAUACUUUGGAAGUACAGGGUACGGUAAAAUUACUGUAACUUUUUUGAAUCAACAAGAAAAAACAUUUUUUUGCAAUUUGAAUGUCAAAAAAAUAUUGUAAAAUCACAAAAAUUUUAAGCCUUACUCUUUUAGUUUCAAGAAAGUUAUACUUAAAACCGUCGUGUCUCAUUUUUUCUUGCCGCCACUGUAGUUCUCUUAUCAUAAAUGUGAUAAAGUAACUCAAAUGCUCGAAACUAAAAGUUUUUUAACAAAGAUUUGUAUUUUAGCGGGUAAACAAGUAGGAGAUGAAGACCUGGAAGAAAUGAUUGAAUCAGGAACGCCAGGAGUAUUCACACAAGGCAUCAUAACAGAUACGCAGCAAGCGAAACAGACGUUAGCUGACAUCGAAGCUCGACACAACGAUAUCAUGAAGUUGGAGUCAAGCAUACGAGAGCUGCAUGACAUGUUCAUGGACAUGGCCAUGUUAGUUGAAUCACAGGUACGCAAUAUUAAACUUUAUAGUUAAACCAAACAUAGUAUAACCUUAUAUACUAAGAGUAGCCAUCCUACAAACCCAAAUAAUACCUUACAUCUGCCGUAUAUAACCCAUUAAAGCUAACUAGAAAUACAAAUUACCAAUACUGUUACAACACCUUCAUAUCUUACCGUAAUAUUAUUCCAGGGAGAGAUGGUAGACCGAAUAGAAUACAACGUAGAACACGCUAAAGAAUUCGUAGAUCGUGCCGUAGCAGACACAAAAAAGGCCGUCCAGUAUCAAAGCAAAGCCCGCAAGGUAUGUUCGAAGAUGUUUCGUAAAAUGUACGUAGUAACGCUGUCGUACGCUUUUGUUUCGUUGCCUUUUGUGUUUUAAUCCGCUUCUUCUGUAGAAGAAGAUCAUCUGCAUCAUAAUCAUGGUGGUGUUGAUUGUGGCUAUUAUACUCGGUGUUAUUGUGUAUGUGUCGGUGAAUACGGCGGUAGCUGGUGGUGGUAGAAGUAAUAACACGCCCAAAAAGGAUGAGACGAUAGACUCUGAGACUUUCGAGCAAUAACAGAAGCAACAUACAGAAGCUUGAUAUUAACGUACAAUGUGUAAAAACAUUGUUACUAAUAUACGCCAUCUUCAACACUAACACAACUAAUAUUAUUAUUAUUUAAAACAUUAACCAUGCUAUAGCAAUAACACAUGGUCUUUCCGGUGCAUUUGUAAUCAUAUCGUGUUGUACCAUCAUAUUUGUCAUCUUGUACAUAUCAUCAGAUUUUCUAUUAUAUUAUUGUACAUUUAAAUCGUUUGUAGUCGUGCAAACCCCGAGUAGUAUUUUAUUUUGUAAUAGUUAUAUAUAUUCUCGUAGUAGUUUUUUCACAAUGAAGUAACGACCAUUAAUUGUAACAUACCAAACCGACGUAAGUUAAGCCAAAUUUUAUAGUCGUAUAUCAUGCAGUAGUUGUGGUAGUAAUAUCGUAUAGUGGUUGUACAUAUCGUAUGGUAAAAGAGCAAUUGAAUAAAUUUUUACGCGUUUAGAAGAAGAUCAUGAUCCUCAUUUGUGUGGUAAUCUUGAUCGCCAUAGUGGGAAUAAUGGUACUCAACUACAUUCCAAUGCCCUUUUAG